CCCAGGUGAAGGGUAAAAUACCCAGCUGUUUAAAUGGCAAAUCAAUGCAAAGUUGGUUAUCUAACAGUGUAAGUUGCCUUGGGCAAAGAGGGCAGUGAAGUGAAGAACAUUCUUGCGGUGAGCAAUGUUACGUGUUCAUUAACCUGUGACAUGUUCGUUUAGUAGUGCAGAAAAUGUAGAAAUAGACCACGCGUUGAGGCGUCGCCGCACGUGGGUGGGAACCGAGAUGCCGCAUCGCUUUGGGAGUCGGAGCUCAGCAGCUCCUGCGGUUCCUGGGAAAUAAGAGGUGGAGGGAGAAGGUCUCAUGUCGGGAGAGCGGUGCCACCCCCCUCACGGCAUUUCUCAGAUUGCGUGAAUUGCCACAGUGCUUCUCCCUCAGCGUCGCUUUGCUUCGUUCAGCCCAAUGCCUGCGGUGCCGCCGUGCCGCGGCGCCGCAGUGCCGGGGCUGGCCGCGCUAAUUAAAAAGGACUUACCCACGAUCAAAACAAGCAACCGGAACCUUCAUUUUAGAGCUUGGCAUGAAACGGCCCCACCAGGUCUCAGAAGACAAUGGCGCUCCCACUCUUCGGCAUCGCUGUCUUCCUGAUGACUCUCCAGCUGCUUGAGGCCUCUAGUGCCCACGAUGAUCUCGUUGUCCUCACAAAGAAGGGCAGGGUGCGGGGGCUGCCCGUAUCCGUUCCAGGGGGGGAAGUGUCGGCGUUCUUGGGCAUCCCGUACGCGGAGCCGCCCCUCCGCAGCCUGCGCUUCAAGCGGCCUGUUCCCAGCAAAGCGUGGCAGGGGGUGUUGGAGACCACAAGGUUCUCCCCGGCCUGUUUUCAGCCGGUGGACACCUCGUUCCCGGGCUUCCUGGGAGUCGAGAUGUGGAACCCCAACAUGGGGAUGAGCGAGGACUGCCUGUACCUGAACGUAUGGGUCCCGCAACCAAGGCCUCACCUGGCACCCGUCAUGGUGUGGAUCUAUGGGGGCGGUUUCACUACAGGCACGACCUCCCUGUCUAUGUACGACGGGCGCUUUCUGAGUCACACCGAAGGCGUGGUCGUGGUCUCCAUGAACUACAGACUGGGGCCACUGGGCUUCCUGGUGUUGCAGGGCAGUGCCGACGUGCGGGGCAACAUGGGGCUCUUUGACCAGAGGUUGGCGCUCCAGUGGGUGGCCGAGAACAUCGAGGCCUUUGGGGGGGACCCUCAGUCUGUCACACUCUUCGGUGAGAGCGCAGGUGCCGGUGCGAUCGGUUUCCACCUUCUAUCACAGGGGAGUCAUAACCUAUUCACUCGCGCCAUCCUGCAAAGUGGUAGCGUCAAUGCCCCGUGGGCAAUCGUCCCUCCACAAGAAGCCUGGAAUAGGUCCCUAGAAUUGGCUCGGCUGCUUGGGUGCCCGCUUGACGCUAGGAUCGAGACCUGCCUUCGUAAUGUCCCUCCAAACGACCUGGUUAACAGACAGUUCGAGGUGGUCAAGAUUCGGCCCCUCAUCUCAAUCGCGUUCCCUCCGACGAUCGACAGCGACUUCCUCAGCGACCUGCCCGAAGCGCUCCUUCAGGUGGGACGCUUGAAGAAAGCCGAUCUGCUGCUGGGCCUCACCAGGGAUGAAGGGACAUUCUUCUUGGUCUAUGGAGCUCCUGGCUUCAGCAUCACGAACGAGAGCCUCAUCACCAGAGAGGACUUUUUGAAGGGUGUGGAGGCCACCAUUCCGAGCUUCAGCCAGAUUUCCCAGGAGGCCGUUGUUUUCCAGUACACCGACUGGACCGAUGAGUUCAGUGGGGAGAAAAACCGCAACAUGAUGAACCACAUCGUGAGCGACUACUACUUCUCGUGCCCUAUGCUGGACUUUUCACGCAAGUCUGCUGCCUUUGGCUCCCGGGUCUUCAUGUACUUCUUUGAGCACCGCUCCUCGAGGAACCCGUGGCCCAAGUGGAUGGGGGUGAUGCAUGGGGAAGAGAUCGAGUUUGUUUUCGGCCUUCCUCUGAACAGCAGCCUGGGCUACACCAAGGAGGAGGAGGCCAUGAGCAGGAGGAUGAUGAAGCAUUGGGCCACCUUUGCCCGCACCGGGAAUCCCAAUAGCCAGGGGUCCGAGUGGCCGCCGUUCACCGCAGAGAAGCAGGAGUACAUCUCGCUGAACACAGAUGUCCUGAAGGUCCAGCGCAUGCUGAAAGCCCAGAAGUGCAAGCUGUGGGACAGUUUCCUCUCGAAGCUCGAGGUGAUAACAGUGGGUAUGGACAAGGCGGAGCUGCAGUGGAAGAGCCAGUUCCAGCGCUGGUACUCCUACAUGCUAGACUGGAGGAAUCAAUUCGCCGAGUACAGCGCGCGCAAGCAGCAGUGCGUACUGCCCUGAGAGCGUUGCGCCCCUGUGUGUGUGUGUGCGUGCGUGCGUGUGUGCGCGCAUGUCUUUGUGAGCCCUUUUCUCAGCACAAUGAAAGUGUGUUCGGCAAAAGCUGAGAGACAAACACACGCUGCAGCCAAACUACAUGCAAAUCACAAAUUAUUCUGUGGACGAGGCACAGAGAACAUGAGCAAAAGGUCCUCGAAAGAACAUGGUUUUCCUACGCGUUUUGCCCCGUUUGCUCCAAUAGAUCCUCAGCACGCUGAGCCGGAGGGCUGGAGCGCUGAGCUACUCGUGCAGCCGGCAGACUCCGUGUUGCGUGCGUGUUCAACGCACAUUUUGCCAGUUUGCCUUAACCCUACCCGCGUGGAAGGCGUGACGCACCGUGACGCACCGUGACGCCAGAUCAUCGCGAAACUUCCCUUCGGUCCAGUGCACUUGUUGGACGACGCGCACGCAACAUGCGCGUGUCCUCCUGAGAGCCAGGCUUCGUUCUGUCCGCCGCCCAGGACGUGCCGUGCACGUUUACUGAGCGUAUGUCCUCAAGUGUCCCAACGCACCUUGCGGAGGACCUUCCGUGCCUCUCGGCGAGUCCCCGCGUUUCACACGGGGGCGGGGCUUGUCCGGCUUCCUCGAAAUCCCGCCGAUCGAUCGGAAAAGAGCCGCGCCGAUCGCGGGCCCGUCGCGCCGAGCGGUCGAUUAGAGCCGUGGGUUCGAGAGCAACUGUAACGAUGACGUAUUAUGGCGGAGACCGAGGGGUUGCCCCGCCCGGUCCCCUCUCUCUCCCGCGCGCGCGCAGGCUGAUGUACUUGGCCGUGUGCACUUUUUCGCGCCUCGCACGUUUUGGAGUUCGAUGUUGCUUGUUUUGUCGCGAAGACAGCUGUGUGAAAUGUAGGUCCUCCACGGUUGCCUGCAAGAUAUUAAAAGGAGAGCUUCCGUUUUUCCGUGCCCGUCUGGGUUCGUGCACCUUUCUUCGGAGUCCACGAGGAGGAUCUGGGCUAGCUCAUCGGCCACGUCCGUAACGGAAGCCCUUCCGUCAAUCCGUGUCGGCCGCGCGCGUCUCUCACGUUUCCCAGUUUUACCGCAGUACCGAACUCGGGCGGUUUCCGCUAAGUGACAGCUUUGUGUUGCGCCCUUCGUCAUCGCCUUCGUCAUUGAUCGGUGACCUUUGGAUCAUUGGCUCGUUGCGUCGAUGAUCAUUGAUUAGCAAAGGCCGCUGACUCGCGCAGGAUACCCCCCAGCCCCACCCCACCCCUUCUGUCAUUCAUAAUGUUCAACUCGCUGAAGUGAGAGAUGAUGAAUCGAUAGAGUGGCAGUGCAGCGUGAUUAAAGUCCUCUUCUCUAGUUAAAGGGAAAAACACUUGAUUUUCUAUUGUUACUGUGACACAUUCAUUUGUUACUGUGUGCAAAUACAGGGCGGCUGUUGGACCACGAUUGCGGUUUCGGUAUCGAUAUCUGUUCGGCCAUGAAAGGUAUUCAAGGCAAACGAUGUGUUUUCAAACAUGUUCUUUGGUGAAAUAUGUUCUGGGGCUCAUAUUCGUUCGUGAUUAAUUUCUUGCGCGGUUCGUGUGAAGGGUAAAUAAGAGCUGUUGUUCGUUUGUCAUUUUCAACACCGAAACCGUGCUCCCGUUAACGCUCGAAUAACACGGGAGUAACAAUACAGUAAAGGGCGCCGUUUAGUGUUUUGUGGUAACCGCGGAUCCCGCAUACCUUUAACGCGCACUUUGCCCCGACGCCACACCUUGGUUACCUUGACUGAAGUGCGAGGCAGAGAGGCGACGCGCGUGGAAACCCCAACUGCCUCUGUGCCGUCGCAUGCUGGGGGUCGUCGUAUUAGUGCCUCCGGGUCACUUCAUACUCAUAAUAAUAAGAAGAAGAAUCAUUGCCUUUCUCUGCCUGAAAGUGCUGCUCGGUGCUCACUUGCAGUACAGUUACAAUAUAUUUACAGUACUAUACAGUACGGUUAAAGUUACUGUACUACACUGUGAGUAACUGUGCACAACAGCUCUGUGCGAAUCUUACACUUUAUCAAUAUCUUCUGCCUCUGUGUUUCCAGCUGAUUUUCUCCAUUGAUGUUAAGAAUAAUUUCAAGACCGCAUUAGUGGUUAUUCGGCGACCGUGUCAUUUACCCUGUUCUUUGGUGGUACCUUAACGUUACAUGAGCUUCAGUUCCCUGUGCCGUGUAUCCGCAGUCCAGUGCCGCACGCACGCACGCACGCACGCACACGCACGCACAGACGCAGACACGCACUUGCUACGGUGUUAUGUGACGAAUACGAAUAUGUUCUCGGUUCUGUUAGCGCUUGUCAGUCCUGCUCUUCUUCACCCCCAGUGAAACGGGACGCGUUAGUAGCGAAUCAGAGGGGACGCGGCGCUGUCCCUCCUGCCGUCCGCUCGCACUCACUCGCCCGCCGUCCUCUUGCUUCGCCGUGAGAGUCGGUGCGCGUGCCUUGCCUGUGCGCGUCCCAGGUUUUCUCACGUGCGUUCAAACGGCUGUAAAACUGUGCCACGUGUGUGAUUUACCACGCUGUGCUUAAAAAUUACACGGAGGAAUAAAAUUUUUAAUGUUCAGAUGUCA